GACUUAUGAGUGUCCCGUUACAACACGGCUUCAUUCUGCUGCACCUGUGCAUGGCUGUCAUGUGUGUGUGUGUGUGUGUGUGUCCUACACAUGCUCCAGCGCUCUCACACCGCCGUCCUCUCCGUCUCAGGACUCCCGCUCACCUCAGUGCAGGUGAGUGAUGGACGAAAGCACCUUCGAGACAUUUGAGGAAGAGCUCGGUAAACCACUGCAAGUGUUUCCUCCUCAGAAACCUGUCAAGCAAACGCGAACAGAAGCCAGAGCAGAGCUGUACGCUCAGAGGAGGGUGCGAGAGCAGGAAGCUCCAAUCGUCCAGCAGGUCCCAAAGAUGAUCGCACGGGAACACCGGGUCUCCAGCACCACGACGUCGUUACGCCACGCGCUCUCCGUCCAGAGUCUGACGCAGCUCGAGACGCCGUGGGAAGGAGUGACGCUGAACCGCUGUCUGAUCGCAGCCAUAACCCUCCUCCUCCUGAGCUCCGCGUUACAGAGAAUACACGAAGCCGUAAGAGGCCGCAGAGACGUCAGUGAAGAGCUCACAGCACUAAACGAGAGACACACUCUGAUUAAAAGAGGAAAAAUAACACCACAUGAGACAGACACAUCCUUAUGGGAAAAGUUUUUCUGGUGGAUUGAUGAUGAUGAUGAUGAAGGCAAACAUAAGAGAGUGACUGGCGGGAAAGUUUCCAGGGGCCUCCGGCACCGGGCCCUUACAGACCUCAGGCUCCUGAAGAAAAGAGACACAGAGUUCACCGAGCGCAGAAGAAGAGGAAGACACGGAGAAGAUGAGACUGAAGAGAAAGAGAUGAAAGUCAAGAAGAAAGCCAAGGAAGUGGAAGAAGAGGAAAAAGACAUAAAGAAGAUGAAGAAACAGAGCAAAAAAACACUUAAGAAGAAAGAGAAUCAGUGAUGUGCCAAUGCAUAAAGAAAAUAGGGCUGAAGACUUAUGUGCUUAAAUGAUCAUGAAAAUAACGCUAAAUAAUCUUAAUGGUCCUAAAAUUAUUCAUUUUCUUUAGCAUGUUUUCUUUUGAUUACAGGGUGAAAUAUUCAGUUGAUGAUCAUGUGCAUAAUUUGGUGCUAUUUUUUUUUCGUGUCAAUGCAAGUUUAUUUAAAACAGUAGUUAAGUGACAUUAUAAAGUAAUGCAAUGCAAAAGUAAAGCUUUUUAAAAAGA